AUGAUAUCAAACUACAUCGGAUGCAAUGAGAUGUAUCACGCAUCUAACACCAAUUCAGACGAAAUAGAAGUACACAAGGCCAAUUUGCUUUCGAGAUUUUUAGACCUGAAAAUAAGCGAUGUGGUGCACAAAAAUGAACUUAUGCAUAAAUACAUGACAUUUUCAUUUAUGCAACUGGUAAUGGCUGUUAAUUGCACUAUGCAGUUCCAAAACUACAUCUUUGAGACAGAAGACGAGUUUGUUAACGUGUUUUCUGGCUGUGUGGCCCUGAGCACGAAGUAUUUGACCGAUAACUGUGUUUCUAACGAAGUGCUCUCAGAAGUGUUGGAUUACGACAUUGAUGACAUGAAUUACAUCGAGAAGAUGACAUUGGGACUGCUUGAAUACGAUCUGUGCGCCACAGACCAGGAAUUACAGGGCGUAAUCGACAGGUUUGUGGAUUUUUCGUAG